GAUUUUUAACUUCACUGCGGCUGCGCGCGGCUCCUCCGUUGUUGCCGUUGGUGACGCGGUUUGUGAAGAGAAAAGAUACCAGCCAGCCCAGCUACAGAGGGAGCGGAGAAAGAGGUCCUGGCCUGGGAGGUGGAAACCUCUCGCAACAGCUUCAUCGCUGAAGCUAAAUAUAUCGAAUGCACUAGCUAGCCACCGUUGUGCGCGGUUCCGGACAUAGAAGGCAGUCGACGCAAUCGUCUGAUCACCCGAUCACCCGUUUCGGUCACUAGACGCUUCCUCUAAACGCGACAGCCAAAUAGCAAAUCGCCAUUAUAUGAACCAGUACACAGCGUCACUUUUGCCCUCCAUGUGGGUGAGGGACCUGUGUGUGUCGGAUUAUGGCGAGAAAAACAGUUAGCAGGAAAAGGAAAGCAGGAGAUCCCAAGGAACAACAACAGGGGGGCUGGGGCAGUGCUGGUGCUGGGCAGAAGAGGGCACGCUUGUCGGCAUGCUCACGGCACGCCCAGGAGUGGCGCUGCCGGCGCUCGGUGGUGUGGGCUCUGCGCGGGCGCGAGUUCCGGCCGCAGCAGCAGCACGAAUGGCACCUCCAGCGCAACCUGCGCGGCUUCGCCGCCUCCCGCCUGCCCGCCAUCCUGAGCGAGCGGGAGUUCUCCCUUGGACGCCUCAACAAGGUGUUUGCCUCCCAGUGGCUCAACCACAGGCAGGUCGUGUGUGGGACCAAGUGUAAUACGUUGUUUGUGGUGGAUGUGCUGACGGGGCAGAUUACGCGCAUCCCCAUGCUGCGGGAUCGUGAGCGGCGUGGGCUGGGCUCCAUGGGGGUGAGGGGCAUCCCAGGCUCCCUGGUGCCGAGCUCGGGCUCCCCGCUGGACAACCAGCAGGGUUGCGGCAUCCACGCCAUCGAGCUGAACCCCUCGGGCACACUGCUGGCCACCGGCGGAGACAACCCCAACAGCCUAGCCAUCUACAGGCUGCCCACACUAGACCCCGUCUGCGUCGGAGAUGAUGGGCAUAAUGACUGGAUUUUUUCCAUUGCUUGGAUCAGUGACCGCAUGGCAGUGUCUGGCUCCCGUGACGGCUCCAUGGGGCUGUGGGAGGUGUCAGAGGAGGUGCUGAGCCAGGCGGAGCGGCGGGAGGACGAGGAGGGCGUUCCCGGCUACACGCACAUCUCCCACCGCGCCCUGAAGGACAUCCCCAAGGAGUACACCAACCCCUACAACUGCAAAGUCCGCGCCCUAGCCUUCAACAAUAGCCAUAAGGAACUUGGUGCUGUAUCACUGGACGGAUACUUCCACCUUUGGAAGGCUGAGGAUAACCUGUGCAAGGAGCUCUCCACAAAGCUGCCUCACUGUAAAGAGAAUGUGUGUCUGGCGUAUGGGCUGGACUGGUCGGUGUACGCGGUGGGCUCUCAGGCCCACGUGUCAUUCCUGGACCCUCGGCAGGCCUCGCAGAACAUCAAAUCAGUCAGCUCAAGGGAACGUGGCAGUGGCAUCCGCUCGGUGAGCUUCUACGAGCACAUUGUGACGGUGGGCACUGGCCAGGGGUCACUGCUCUUCUACGACAUCCGUGCCCAGCGCUUCCUGGAAGACCCCACUUGCCCAGCGGGAUGCCAGGGUGGCUACCGCUCACGACCAGCAGAAAGCAUCCUGAAACUCACCACUGGCAGAGGCUGGCUGAAUCACGACGAGACGUGGAGAAGCUACUUCUCCGACAUCGGCUCCUUCCCCAACGCGGUGUACACCCACUGCUACGACGCCUCUGGCACCAAGCUCUUUGUGGCAGGCGGGCCCCUUUGCUCCGGCCUGCACGGGAACUAUGCCGGCCUGUGGAGUUAGCCUCCUCCAUCCAUCCGCCCCCCCCCUGUACUUUCACGCCAUCGCUCUGUCUCUGCUACACCCCUCUCCUCACCCUCACACAUCCCAUGUGCACACACUUUUUAACUCUCGCCCGCCCCCCUUACUCAACCCUCACACUCAAGAACAUGUGCACGCUUAGCCACAGAUGGUGCUGGCGGUCUUUCUAUCGUUGGCCGUACACUUUGUUUGCCCUCAUGUCACACAGUCCUCAUGGAACACUUUGUAUAUCGAUGUUUUAGCUCAUUGUUGGCCACCAGGAUUGCGCUCUGUGUCCACCUUUGGGUCCAGCCCCCUUUGCUCUCCCAGCAGCAGUAAGAAAUGCUCGGUGUGUGUGUGUGUGUGUGUGUGUGUGUGUGUGUGUGUGUGUGUGUGCACAUGUGUGUGUUGUUUAAGUACUUUGAAUAGAAUGGGUUCCUCUCAGGGAGGCCCCUCUCAUCAACCCCCACUCCCUGGGUGAUUGUGACAGUACAGGAUGAAGGGGAAAGGCCCCAUCGUCAACUGCAUUUGCCAAUGUUUUGUGUUUUUUUUUUUCUUCUUCCUUUCUGUUUUUGUAAUGAACAAAAUUCUAAGAUAUGAAUCAUUUAAAUCACACCCAGGGAUUUGAACACUUUUUUGGGGGUUUUAGUCAUAUUUUUGUAUACAUCAACAACUGUAUAAAGUCCAUUUCAUUCCGAAGAAGUACUCCUUUUUCUCUCCCUUAGUGGUUGUAUCCAGUUACGUGUGAGAUGCGCAAGCAAUCUUCAUUAUAGUGUGUGACUGUGUGUGCAUGUAUGUCUGAGAAGCACCUGUCCACCGGUCUGGAAUUUCAGGCUCUCUUGUGUGAGGGAUGGACUAAAAAGUGGAGAGGGGGGGCGAUGCGGAGACGAGAACUAAAGACACAUGGAUGUCUUGAAGAUGGUGAAGGGGGUAAAAGGAUGGGACAUUGGGACAAAGAGACUCAGAUUGAACAUGGAGAAAAGCCCAGCAAAACUGCCUUUUAAAAUGGACGCGGCUGUGGAACUAGCCAAUCAAAGAAAGUCAUUACAGAGCCAAUCAGAUUGUGGGACUCUCUUUUUUUCUUUCUUUUUUUUCUUUUCCUCCUGUAAUGAUGGAAUGAAACUGACUGUUAAGCUCCUUCCAUGUUCUACGUUGUCUCUUUGCAGAUCAUUUUGCAGAAUGCUUAUUUUUGUUUCAAAUUCUAACCAGGCGGUUUGUGUGAGUCUAACAUUCAUUUAUUAUUAGUAUUACUUUUAUUCCAAAUUAUUAUAUUAUUGUUCUUAUUUAUUUUCUGAGUUCAAUCAUUAUAGUUCACAGGCCUACUGUAGGUGUGUAACAACAUUCUAGAGUUGCAUCUGGCAAUCUUUUCCUACCUUCCCUGGGGAAAGUGGCCAUAUCUUUAUGCAGCUCCGCUGUCCUUUUUCUCUUCCACUGCCUUUGAAAUGGUAGAGCAGUGCAAUGACUCUGUUGCCUUUUGCCGUCUUUCUGUGAAAGACCAAGGCUUUCUUAGGUUUUCUGUAAACAUCCCCACCACACCACGUGAUAAAAGCAUGGACUUUUUGAAAGUUGCCAUGACAAUGUUAGAACAGCUACAAAUGAACAUAAACAGGAGUAUGAUCAUAUAUAUAGAUAUAUAAAUAAUAACCAUCACUUUAAAGAUUUAUUUUAUAUAUAAAUGUGUAUGUAUAAGUAUUUGAGGAAAAAAUGGGGAGU